AUGGUAACCUACGUCAAGCGAACAGCUAACUUCACCCAGGAGCAGUUCUGGGACUACUGGCAGACCCAGCACGCCCCAAAGGUUGCCCCCCUGGCUGUGCACUUCAACAUCACACGUUACCAGCAGAUUCAAGUUGGUGGCCAGAUUCUUCCCACUGAAUCCGGUUCAACCGUGCCAGCGUCCACCGUUCCGGUCGCCUUCGAUGAUAUUGCCAUGUUCCUCUACAAGUCGCCCGAGGUUCUCACGGCAAUGCUCUCUCAUCCCUACUACCUUGCCGUUGUUGAGCCGGACGAACACGUGUUCAUCGACAAGGGCGCUUUUGGUGCAGGCAUGGUUGCAACAUUUGUUGGAACCGACAUCGAGAUCGUUGAUGGGAAGCAGGAUGUGUGGGUGGGCAGUCAGGCAACGCGGGAAAAGUACGAAAAGAUCUUCCAGUCGUACCUGUAG